UGCCUUGCUCAGUGCUUAAUACAGUAGCGGAGGUGGGAUCAUACAGGAAGCAAAACAUUACAGCUGCGGAAAUGCGACCUGUUGGGAUCUAGGAAGCUCUAUGCGGCUCGAGUCUUAUACCUAAAUCGUAGAGCUCAGAGCUAUCGGAGAUGGGCCAUGUGGUUAUUGAAAUCGUUGUGGAUCCGGCCUCUCCUAAGCCCUCAGUGUACCCGGGGCGCUCAAGCUGGCCUCGGGUUUUGUAGCUGGAAGCACUUGCUACCUCCACUGAUGGCUAAUCGCAGCCUCUGCAUGGCCGGCUGCUCCCAAGAUGCCUCAUAUAAACACCUCAUUAAUGAAGGAGAGAAAAAGACAGUUAUCUGUGUUGAGGGGAAUAUUGCAAGUGGAAAAACAACAUGCCUGGAUUAUUUUGCCAAAACUACCAGCAUUGAGGUUUUGACGGAACCUGUGCCUAAGUGGAGGAAUGUACGUGGUCACAAUCUUCUGGGCUUAAUGUAUCAAGAUUCAUCACGGUGGGGGAUAACGUUGCAGACAUACAUACAGCUUACCAUGUUGGAUCAGCAUACCAGGCCAAUGAUUUCCCCGCUAAGAAUGAUGGAGAGGUCAAUUCACAGUGCAAAACACAUUUUUGUAGAAAACUUAUAUCGAAGUGGGAGAAUGCCAGAAGUGGAUUACAUAGUGCUAACUGAAUGGUUUGAAUGGAUCACGAAGAACACUGAUGUUUCAGUUGAUUUGAUAGUUUAUCUACAGACGUCUCCUGAAACUUGUUAUGAGAGAUUAAAGAAUAGAUGCAGAGAAGAGGAAAAGAUCAUUGCUAUGGAAUAUUUAGAAGCUAUCCAUCAGCUCUAUGAGGAGUGGCUUAUUAAACAAACACUGUUUAAAGUUCCUUCUCCAGUGCUUGUGAUUCAGGCUGACAAUGACAUGCAGAAAAUGAUAGAAAAGUAUGAAGAAAAUCGGGACCGAAUAUUAACCCCGUACAAUAUACAACACUGUCUGUAGAAAUCCAGUUUUAUGGUCAUGCUUUAAAACACAUUUCCAUCGGGAAUUCUGAUCAGCAUUCCCAACACUUUUUAUGAUUUGGUCUCUUGGUUGAGAUUUUGUCUUGUAACGUGUCAAUGACUUUAGCUAGGAAAAGGCCACAAACAGGCCAUAUCCUGUUUACCUUCAGCUUCUUGCACUUCUAAGUUCCAGUGCAGCUUCACUGAUCUCAGACUACCUCUGACAGGAAGCUGCUGUAUCUCGUUUCCCUACUUCACUUCUGCAUUGUAUAAAUACCUUUCUGAUAUUGCAUUUUCUCGUAUAAUGUGCUUUUAUUCACUUCAAAUAGCCCCAUAUAUAUCCUUUCAUGUAAUUAGAAGGCUGUGAAUAAGUCAAGCUUAUGUAGUCAGUAAGUGAGCAAAUUCAGUCUAAUUUUGUAACAAUUUUCAAUGGAAAAGCAAUGAAAUAACUAUGCUACUGUUCUCAACCACCAUUUUCACAAAAUAUCAUUAAUUGCUCUUAAAAUAGGAAAAGUAAACAGUUCACUUCUUAAUUAUGGACCUGAUUCUAAUCUCACUUGCACCAAUGUAACUUCAUUGGCUUUACUGGAGUUAUUUCUGAUUUAAAUGAUAUCAGAAUCAAACCCCAAACCUGCAAAUACUUAUGCAUCUGAAUAGUUCUAUUGAAUUCAGUGGGACAACUCAGGUACAUACAGUUACCCAGGCUUUAUAAGAAUUUGGGGUCUAAAGCUCUCUGGCCCAGAUUUUCAGAAGAGUUCAGUAUCUAGCUGUUCUCAACAAAAUUCUGACUCCAAAUGAAAAUCUCUUUUGAAAAUCUGUCCCUUAAACUUUUUCUAUCAUGUGACAGAAUUUUUCUUAUUAUGCAUUGAAAUUGGGUAGUAAUUCUGAUACUGAUUAUUUGAUAGGUUAAACUUUUUAUGUUCUAGUAGAUGUUUGCCUCACGUGUAAGUUUAAGAACAUGUGACAGGGCGGUACAUAGGGUCAUCUUGAUCCCAGCUUCUCCUGGCUACAGAUAUCAAGAAGAGAGCAGAGAACAUCUAGUGACAGUUAAAUUCUCACUUUAAUUCUUAAACUGCUCUGUGGUGUUUUUAUAGAUCACUUAUUAUUUACCUUCUCGAGUGCUGUCCUCAUGUUGGCACUUUUAACGGAGCGGUCUUAAGACAACUUGCACUUUAUUUUCUCUUUAAAUUGGAAGGGAUGAUUCUUUGUUUAUUCUAUAAAAGUUUGUUGUUUGAACUGGAGUGCCAGCAAAAUUAGAAGUGCUUCCAGGAACACCUCUGCUUAAAACAACAUAGCAAAAAAAAGCAUUUACUUCACUGGACAUGUCAUAACUGUAUAAUCUUAAAACUAGCUCAGUGUUUAGCUCAGUCUUUAGCUCAGCUUAGAUGUUUUUGUAAAUGUAAAUAUGCAGUAAUCAAUGUCUAUGACGUGUUAGAAACAGAGGAUAGUAACUUUCAGAUACAGAAUUCCGUUGUGUACGUCAUUUGGUUAAGAAUAAUAACAAUCAGAUACUACACAAAGGUGUAUCUUUAGUUUUCGUUGUAGUCAUGUGUAGUUAAUUUAUAGUUUCAUUGUAGUCCUUAAUUUAUUCAGUUUCUACUUGAAUUGGACUGCUGCUAAGAGAGGAGGCCCUGUGUCAUGGGGUCCACUAACUACUAGAGCACCUCCUCCUUGCUGCUAUGGAGAUUAGUUCUUUCCAGGUCCGACACAUGCUUGUUUGCAUGCCGUGCCAUGUCUCUCUCUCUCUCUCUCUCUCUCUGAUCCAGGUACUCUCCUUUCAUGGCUUGUUCCUCCAGUCAGGUCACUGUAUGUUUUCCCAUUUCUGGGGUAUCAAAGUCAUUCCAUAGAAAACUAUCUCCAGUAGUCUUCUCCAUCGCUACCCAGAUGGUGCCACUUCCCUAGUGGCUGGUAGAGGAACCCAGGCCCACCCUCUACUCCAGGUUCUAACUCGGAGAGCCUCUACUCAGAUGCUAAGGUCUGUACCAUCUUAAACCUUGCUGCUGUUUCUUGGCGCCUUUUCCUACAUUAUCUCUCUCAGGCUUUCACUGCACCACCCUUCUGGAUAAACCCUUCCUUCUUUCCUUCUGGGCCUGGAUCCCCUGGGGUUUCCACUUUCUCCCUGCAUUUCCUUCCUUCCCUCUCUCCCUCACUAUCUUAACCUUGUCAGGUGAGGGUGAGGAGAACACCCCAUCACACCCUGGUAAUUUCUUCUUUUUUUUUUUUUAAACAUCAAACAAGAUUUUUUGUUCUCUGUUUAUACAGUCUAAUGCUGGUAGUUUUGCAGAAAGAGUUUCUGAGUGCAACACUAAAUUAAUUUUCUAAAGCAUGUGAAUGCAGUGCCUAGGCUCUGCCUAGGCUUCUGUUCUAAAGCUUUAGUACUCUAGCUGAACAAUAAGAUCCAACAUUUCUAACUGCUUAAAUAUAUAAAGAUUUUAAAUGUAGAGGAAAAAAUAAUCAUAUUUGAAUGUUUCUUGAAAACACACAAGCUGGGCAUACCCUAAGAGAGACCAAAAACAGCCAACUCCUUGGAGAUUGUCCCAUAUGUUUUAAAUGCUCAAUUAAUUAUAUAUAUUUUUCCUUAAUAGAAACCCUUUAGUGAGCAGGGAAGUUUUUACUCCUUUCAGUCUUGAUUCCAAAUUCACUGUGUAAAUUAAAAUGUUUCAGCAGAAUGGCAUUGUUUCGGUUAUUUGCUCAAAUUGUUGGUGGUUACUCUGCCAGUGUUCAGAGAAAAAAAUGUGACAAUCAGAGUAGUGUGUUCUAGGAGCUACUUUUUUUGUGUGUUAUAAAAACUGACUCAGUUGGGCCCUGGAAGCCUAAAUCUCUCUAUCAGACAGUAUCACAAACUCUCCUAAAUCACUAUCAAUACUUUUUUGUUUCUUGCUCAAACAAUUUGUUUCAUAAUCUCCUGCUUUCUAAAUCUAUGCUUACUAUCCCUAAACAAAUUAUAAUAUUCCCCUAUUGUCUUUGCUUAAUGUGUUUUAAUCUUCCUUGCACUGAAAUUCAAUUUUCUUGGUUCUUACCUUUUCAAGAACAUUUGUUCUAAAGCUAACCUAUGCCUCUUCAGCACCUAUAUUCUGAACAGCACAGGGUCAUGGGUGUGAUAUGAAUGGUAAGUGGGGAAAAUGACUAGCUCAGGACACCCAGAGGGAGAGCUUGUGUGAGUGAGUGAGUAGUAUCACCAACUACCAGAUUCCACAGCCUAAGAGCCGCUUCUGUAGGGAUCAAAAGAGAAUGUUGGUAAUCCAGGGCAAGGGAGUGGAGCCAUUCAAAGGGGCUAGCUCUGUGUAGCAUGUCGCUUUGGGAAUAGGCUGGGACUCAGAUUUGUGACAGAAAGAUAUCCAAUCAGUAAGGAAAUCCCCAUUUAAUCCACAGACAAUCAGUACUAGCUGUAGCAAAGUUAAAGUCAGCCGCUUGCAAGAAGAUAUGCACACAUUUUACCAAAACAAAUAGACCCCCUUUAGCAAGAGACAUAUGCAGCCCUGGUAUUGCUGUCAACUAAGUUCAGGUGCUGACUGUGAUGUAAUUUAACUAAGCAAAGAGAGGUGCAGCAUUUAUUAGAACUUGUAUGUAGGAGCACACUGGCUGAUGGGAUCAUAAAUUGCUUGGCCCUUUAGAAACCUCCCUUGCUAUCUGUCCCCAGUUUCUGUCCAGAGACAAUGCAUAACUGUUGAUAGUAGGGGGUACGAUUUAAAGCAGAGAUUUUCAAACUUUUUCAGCUGAGCCCCCUCCCCCUCAGGUUACAAUUUUUGGUUGUGCCCCACCUACUCCAACCCAGACAAAAAUAGGUGAAAUGGGGUAGAGGUGGUGCUUCCUGAGCCCUGUCAUGUGGGGCUGAAGCCUGAGCCGCUGCUUGCCCCCUGAGCAUUCCUCUGUGCCCCCCUAGGGGGCAUGCCCCACAGUUGGAAAACCUCUGAUUUAAAGGUUCUGGUGGUAUGCAGCAGGGUUCAGGGCAGGGCAUAUAAACACUGGAAGAAAUCGGGGGGCAGGAGGGCACAUGACCCCGUUCCCCCUGCUGUAGGCAUUGCCUCUCUUUCUAUCCAUUUAUAAAAUAGAAUUACAGACAGCCUCUUGUCAGUCUGUGUAGCUGCUGCUUGACCAUCUCAGCGUUUCCACAGGUGCAGUGAGAAUACACAUGAAGUUCCAUGCACACAAAUGGAACACAGUUCAGGGCCCACAUAAAAAUGUAGCUUAUGUGGUUUAAAGCUGUGCUCCGAAUCGCACAUAUGUCAUUAAAUGUUCACAUCUCAAAAUAUGGCCGCUUUAGAUCUGCUGGGUUAUUUGUAAUUGAGAUGUGUGUUCAAAAUGGGUUUAACUUUAGUUUUAUUAUUGAAGCAAAUUCAGCGAUAUGAUUUGGAGACCCGAUGUAGUGUUUUGGGCUGUGUGAAGUGGGGCUGCCAACGCUGAGUUGAGAUAACCCUUUUUUUAAUGCUUUCUGUUUGGACUCCUUUAAGUCUUGCCUCUUCUUCCAAAUAUAAUUUAAGUUUUCUAUUGUCUUUAUCACAGUCACCUCCCUCAGCCUACCUGGCCCACUCAGACCCACUUUCUCCCAGCAGCGUUAUCUAUACACCUCUCUGGGUAUCCCUGCAUCGCACCUAAGACCAAGCCUCCCAGCUCAGGUAGACAGACUUCUGCUAGCAGGGCCCAAAGUAGCAUGCUAAAAAGAUCUUUGUGGAUGUUGCAACCCUUGAGUCUUAAGAGCCCAAGCUCCAGGCCAUGCCACAACAUCCACGUGGCCACUCAAGCCCUGCUAGCACGAGUCUGUCUAUCCAGGCUGAAGCCUGCUCCCAGCUGCUGUAGAGAUGUACCCUAUAUGUCUAUACUACAUAUCCUCACGUGUGGUGGGGACAGUUUUUGCAGCUUCCUAGUCAGAGCUCCCCUAAUAACUUUUGCUAGACACAAAGCUUAAAACAGAAGAGGAACUUUAAUAAUCCCCAGUGGGGGAAAAAUUGCAUCUUAUAAAAACACAAAAAAUAAAACAAAGUUUAGCAAGUACAUGAAUGUAGACUUGGACGACAUAUAAACAGGUAUUCCUGUGUGCAUAUGUGUGUAACGUAAACUUCCUUCAAACCUCAGGUGCAAUCCUGCCAUUGACUUCAAUGGAGUCAGGGUUUUACACCCGCUACACUGUUAAAACUUCUAAGAGCUUCAUUGCAGGGAUUCUCCAAUGACUUUGAAAGUGCAGAGCUUCCCGUGUGAGUUCUUCAACUUUCCUGAUAGCCCAUUCUUUCAUUCACCCCGUAAGAAUCCUGUUUUUCUUUUUCUCUUGGCACAGAACUACCAUUCUACAAUCCAGAUGUGACAUUAUAAAGAA